UAAAAUGUAAAUAUAUAUGUAGUCUCAAAAUUAUUAAAAACCAAAAAAUUAAUAAAAUUAAAACAUUUGGGAAAUAGAUUAUCAAUUUAGGGUUUCCAGGAAUUUGUUCGGAGGGAAACUACGAUGUCGUGGCUCUUGAAGUCUCUCCAGAUCACCAAUGGUUCGGAGCCCUCCUCUUCUUCUUCAUCCGGUUACCGAUCUCCGUCUCCGGCGAACAGUCCGACGAACCGCGGCGGAGUGAAGGAGGACUUGUCCGUACUCGGUCAGACCAUCGGCCGCCAGCUCCGCGGCGUCGCGGCUUUCCUCGCUCCUCCGCCAUCCCAAUCUUCCUCCGCUGUCGCGGUGGAUGUUGAUGUGGAGGAGGAGGAGGAGGAGUAUUGCCGGCGGCGGACAACGUCGGAUUCUUCGGCACAGCAGGCGCUUGUGGGGAUCCGGAACGAUUUGGCGGAGAUCGGCGGGAAUUUCAAGAGCGGGCUCUCUCGCUUGUCGAAUUUGUUGCAGUUUCCUAGUAAUCUCGAUGAAAGGGGCAGUGAAGGGGCGGAAUUCGAAUCUGAGGAUGAUGAAUUCGAUAAAGUACCUGGAAUAUCUGAGGAAGUAGUCGAUUUCGCGAAGGAGAUUUCGACGAAGCCUGGUUGCUGGACAGAUUUUCCUUUAUCCAUAGACAAUGAUUUUGAAUUAUCCGAGGCUCAGAGGGCACAUGUAUCGGCAAUUGAACAUCUGGUCCCUGGCCUGACAGAUGUGAAGAACGAAGUGAGUAGAUGCGUGGAUGAUGAGCAGUUCUGGCUGAUUUACUUUAUAUUGAUGAUGCCCAGAGUGAAUGGACAUGAUCUCGAGCUUCUAGCAACCUCCAAGGUAAUCGCUACAAGAGAUCGGCUUUUACUAAAGCUGCAACAGAAGAGAGAAGCAGGAUCAAUGGAUAGCUCCGGAGAUCACGAAGCUUAUGAAGAAGCCAGGAGUCGGAAAACAGAAAACGUGGAUGAAAUCGUUGACAAAGCAGAGACCCUUAACAUCGGGCAUAGAGAAAAGAGCGAAGAACCGUCUGAAGGAACAGACAGGAUUUCUGGUUCUGGAGAGGGAGAGGAAGAUAUCUCCUUCAGCGAUCUAGAGGUUGAUGAUAACGAUCUCUCGGGUAAGCCAUCGCCUAAUAUGAACGUACAUAACAGACGAGCAUCAAAUGCUAGCGGUUCAAGCGAUUGGAUACUGCUCAACGCAAGUACCCGAGGUGAGCGACAAAGGAAAGAUUCAGAAGGCGAGUCCAGUGACUGGCUCGCCGUUGGCGAUUCCGAUUGAUGCUGAAUUCCAGGUAACACCCUUAUUUUUACUGUAAAGUUUUAUAUAUUAUAAUCUUCACGUGUGAUUUUAUAUAUUUUAAAAAUUAAUCCUUUAUAAAACGCAUUUUUGUUUUGAAUAAUGUUCAUGUAUUGUAUAUACGACUUAAGAGCUUUGUUGCUGGAGACUUGACUUGUCAUCUGAACUAAGUCUCAUAAACUAUUAGGUCUAGCAUUUGAGUUCUUCACAUUUUAUCAAUAUGUCGAUCCAAUAUGUGUAUAUAACUCUCGCUCUCUCUAUAAAUAUAUAUGAGGAUUCGUUCCUUUGUUAUU